AUGAUACCCCGCGAGAUCAUCGGCUCUACUUUCAGUCAUUCGUCUGAUGACCUCCAAAGCUCCCCCACGAAGGAAUCCGCAACGACAGUAUCUGAUCAUCACACCGAGCGGCAAAAUUCUUUCACCUCGCGGAGGGAAUCUCUAACGGCAGCGGAACGGGCGAGGCGCAAUUUGAAUGCAAAGCUCGCCAACCCCCUUGCUGGACUAAGCCAUGCGACCCUGAGAAAUCGAGGCGGACGGUAUGCUCGGAAAUACCAAAUUGGGGAUGAUGAUGAUAUUCGCGCAUUCGAACUGGGUGCUGUCCUGGCACAAGAUCCGGAGCAAUUCGAGAAAGUUGAAGGAUUAACUAAGGAAGAAUUGGAUGUCCUUCGACGGGAAUUUACGAAUCGUUGGUCACAGCCACGAGAGAUGUAUUUGGUCAUUGUUCUAUGUUCGAUAUCUGCUGCUGUUCAGGGAAUGGACGAAACUGUAGUUAAUGGCGCCCAAAUAUUCUACAAGCCCCAGUUCGGAAUCGACAAUGACGAUUUUAGGUCUACAUGGCUUGCUGGCCUGAUAAACGCUGCGCCGUAUCUAUGCUGCGCUCUAAUCGGAUGCUGGCUGACCGUCCCAUUUAAUCAUUGGUUUGGUCGGCGGGGAACAAUAUUCAUUACCUGCUGCUUCUCCACGUUGGCCUGCUUUUGGCAAGGCUUUGUCAAUACUUGGUGGCAUAUGUUCAUUGCCCGCUUUGCACUGGGGUUCGGCAUUGGUCCUAAAUCCGCAACAGUUCCUAUAUACGCUGCAGAAACUAGUCCUCCUGCGAUCCGUGGUGCCUUGGUGAUGCAGUGGCAGAUGUGGACUGCGUUCGGAAUUAUGAUGGGCUAUGCCUCAGAUCUAAUCUUCUUCAACGUCCCAGAUAUCCCGAAUGUUACGGGCCUAGGCUGGCGGUUGAUGAUGGGAUCAGCUAUGUUUCCUGCAAUCAUAGUCUGUUUUAUGGUCUUCAUCUGCCCCGAGUCUCCCCGCUGGUAUAUGAGCAAGGGAGCUCAUCACAAGGCCUACAAGUCAAUGUGCCGACUACGGUUUAACAAGGUCCAAGCCGCACGCGAUCUGUUUUAUAUGCAUACCUUACUCGAAGCAGAGUCAACGAUGAAGUUAGGCCAACCAAAGAUUUUGGAGCUCAUAACCGUCCCACGGAAUCGGAGGGCUUUGAUUGCAUCUGAGAUUGUUAUGUUCAUGCAACAGUUCUGCGGUGUUAACGUCAUUGCGUAUUACUCGUCCGAAGUCUUCCUACAGGCUGGCUAUUCGGAACUAUCAGCCCUGGCUGCGUCCCUCGGCUUCGGGGUCAUUAAUUGGCUGUUCGCUAUCCCUGCUAUAUACACAAUCGAUACCUUUGGUCGGCGGAAUCUCCUUCUCGUCACAUUCCCAUUGAUGGGCCUCUUCCUACUACUCACCGGAUUUGCCUUUUGGAUUCCAGAUCACGCUGCGCAAACAGGCUGUGUCGCAUUAGGCAUAUAUUUAUUCGGCAUUGUAUACUCCCCCGGAGAAGGUCCAGUACCGUUCACGUAUUCUGCAGAGGCCUACCCACUGUAUGUCCGAUCAUACGGCAUGGCACUCGCUACUGCGACGACAUGGUUUUUCAACUUUACUCUUGCUAUAACAUGGCCUAGCCUGUUACGAGCGUUCACGCCUCAAGGUGCAUUUGGAUGGUAUGCAGCCUGGAAUAUCAUAGGGUUCGUGCUCAUAUUACUAUUCAUGCCUGAAACGAAGGGUAAGACCCUUGAGGAGCUUGAUCAAGUUUUCUCCGUGCCCACAACUAUACACGCACGCUGGGCGCUGGGACACGUCGUCUACGUUUUCAGGAAGUACGUCCUGAGACAAAAAGGGCUAAAGGAGACUUUGCUCUACGAAAAGGCUGAGGACAAACCAAUAUCACAUACAAUGGAGGAACAAGUAGUGGGCUCAUCGCAGUUUUUUAGCCUUCGAUAG